CCUGUUGUCUUGCGUUUUGCCCUGCGCGUGAAUAUGAAGAACAUAAGGGAAUACGUGGGAUGGUUGUACUAUCAGUACCUGCUCAUGACCGGCAUCUACGUGCUGGAGCCGUGGGAGAAGUCCAUCUUCAACACGGUCCUGUUUACCAUGGUGGCCAUGGUCAUUUACACCUCGUACGUCUUUGUGCCCAUUCAUGUGCGUCUGGCGAUGGAGUUCUUCUCAGGACUGAUCCAAGGAGAACGCUGUGGAGCUCAUGAGCUGAAUGUAAGGACAGAUCUGCUGUCAUGCUAGAUUGUCUUUUACUUUUCUACUCUGGAUUAAACAAGCCAGUUGACUUAAUAAGACUCAUCAGCUUCCCAAAGUCUUGGAAAGUUAUGGAAAUUCCUGUGCAGUUGCGGAUAAUGUUUAGCAUGUUAUCAGCGUUCACAUACAGAGCAUCAUCUGCGCAGACCUGCAUGUCAGCGAUCUGCUGUUUCUCCUCAUCAUCUUUGCUUGACAAAGACAUUUUGAUCACUGAUCUGACUUGACUUUUGUCCCAAUGCAAAUGAAGAGCUGUCAGAUUUACAUUUCCAUUUAUUAAGAUUAUUGCACACUGAAUUUUAUAUUUUGUAAUGAUCUAUGCAAUCUUGCAGCUCUAUAUGGACGUAAAAGCAUUUAUUUUAUAAGAAUAAAUCAUCUGCACCUGAUCACAUACACACUGUAAAACAAAUAUGCCGCAUAAAGUUAAAACAACGAGGUUUUGCAAGUCAAUUCAACCUACUGUUUUAAGUUGACAUAACAAGUUGAAAUUGUUUAACUUAAUUUGUUAAGUUAAAGUACCAAAAAAUUCAUGUUGAUUUGAACAAAAUGCUGCAUUUUUUUUAAAGUGAAGUAUCAUGCUUAGAAAUGUUUGCCACGAUUGGAUUGUUCUGGUGGGGCUGUGAUGAUUUGUUUGCAUGCACACACAAUGCUGGAAAAUAAUGGGCAAGCCCACACUAAACCUGACACAAUAACCCACUUUGUGUCGCAUGUUUGUUUUUUAAAUAUUUAAGCUACUAAAUAGUACAUCAAAUACAAUUAACCUGUAUAUACUCUUUCAGUCAAUACCCUUCUUUAUUUACCAGAUUAUUUCUGAUUUAUUUAUCCAGUGAGUGUACACAAAUGAUCUUUAGUAACUACAUUUCGAGUUAUUAAACUGCUAAUCUGACACAUGAUCUCAAACUGAUAUCGUUUCUAAUUUUUACCAGUACUAUCUGUCACUGUGAAGUCACAUCUGAUGGCUCGAGUCUGAUAUUAUGUAUGCAUUUUUCAGAAAUAAACUCGUUUCACUAAAUGUCUCUUGUGUUUUUAACACAAUACGGUAAGAAUGUGCCGGUUUGAACAGGAUAUGCGUUUGUCUAUUACAAACUGUAAAGGAGCAAAGCAACCAAACUGGUUUUCCAAGUCUAAUUUUAUGGAGACCUCAGGGCUUAUCUAAUGCACUUCUAACAGGCCGCUUAUCCUACCUGCAUUUCUAAAGACCCAAAAGCAAACACUGAAUUCUUUCUUUUGUUGUUAAGUUUAAUAUUGUUGUAUUAAAUUAUUGCAUUGGUGAGACAUGCAGCCGACAAGUGACCAGAAAAACAUGACAUCUGAAUAACAACCCUGAUCUCAUGAGAAUUUGUACACAUUUUAUGAGUAUGCCGAUUCGUAUGAAUUAAUAAGAAGUUAAUCGUACAAAAACAUACGAUUAUUAUAAAUAAAGAAACCUCACAACCGUGCCCCUAACCCCAAGAUCACAGGGAUA